GACGGUACAAAGAAUUAAAGAAUACGAGCAGAAAUAUUUAGCGGACGGGCCUAGGGUUAGGCCAUUACUUUUGAACAGUUUUACGCAGAUCUGGAGAAGUGAGGUGCGGCUCGAUCGGUGACUGUAGAAGCUUCGCCGAGUUUGGGCAGUGCUUUGACGGGAGAAGCAAUUGACGCAAAGGCAGAAGCAAUCAACGAAGAGGCAGCGCAGUACCACGUGGAGGCUUAGAGAGGCAUCAACUAACAGCUGAAGGGGCUCGUCGAAGACUGGCUUGCUCGAUCGAUUAGGAAAGGCCAAUUCGGGGCGAUUGGGCUGCAAACGGUAUAGGAAUAGGCAGACAUUUGAGGUUCUUCGUCUCUACUUGGUGAAGGUCUGCGUGGGUUCAUCGGAGGAAGUCGUCGUAGAUACUUGGGCGAGGAUCUUGUGCGAUGGGAGCGAUCAGUGGUUACAAUGGUGGCCGUGGACGUGUGGCGGCUAGGGUAGUGAGGCCUAAUAGUCUGAUGCUUAGUUUGGCUAUUUUGCUUUGUUGGUGUUUAUGAUGAAUGUUACCCCAGCUGUGUUUGACCUGGGCGAAACACUGACGGUUUGGCGUCUGGUGGAAGGGGUGAAUUUGAACUCAAAUUGGGUGGUUGAGGGAUUGGCACGGGUGAUUUGGUCGUCUGAGGUGGUGAAGGAUGUAGACGGUAGGUGCGUGUUUUGUCCCCCUCCUGAACCUCCACCACAGAGGAACUACAUGACUAGGGUCUGGAAGACGUCACCUGAAGUACGGAUUUCGCUAUUUUACCAGCUGAAAUUUAGUUUGCAUUUUUCUAUGGUUGUUGGGUGUGCUAUGCUUUUGAGGUAGGUAGGCAUUGUGUGUGAAGAAGUAAGAUGGCUUCGGAAGUCGAUAUAAUCUUCAAAUAUCUCAGAUGGUUAGCGAUUCGAUCGCUCUCAUUAAGGUGGUUGUUUCUAUGUCUAAUCAGAGGACGAGCUGGGGGACUUUCGGGUUAUUGUGAGUGUGGUAGUCUGGGGUUGAUUCGUAUUGAUAUGUUUGUAAUGUCAUUGGUGGUUGGUUUAUAAUAUAAUCAGGUAGUUUCCUUUAAAAAAACAAUCAGAAAGUCGUCAAUAAAAGCCUCCCUCCGG